AUGUCUUCAAUAGACCGAGACGCCUCGCGGGAAAGCGAGAGGCGCUUAAAACACCAGAGCUCUUCGUCGCUGGAUUGUGGACGAGCUAUUGUUCCUAUGUGGGACAGCUCUGAUCCAGAACGCGCACCACCACCGUUACCUAUGAAUCCUUCAUCACCAGGUGUUGCUUCACGACCCAAUACAUCAAGCGCGAUACAGUCUGCGCAUGCGGCCUUGGCAGAAAAGGCGAGGGAACCUACCUAUAUCACGAACGCGGCGAAACGCAUCGAAGCAUCUCCCGAGCGAUCUUUGAUCAAGGGGGCAACUCAUAAGCGCAUGCAGUCACUUCAGACAGGCAGUGUCAGGGAUUUAAGUAACCUCCUCGAGGGAGGUUCAUCGUUCGGUACGCCCAAAUCACCAGAGAAGACCAAACCGGUAACUCCACACGCAAGCAAAGAGUUUAUGAUAGAGGGAAGAUCGCCCGAGAAAGAGACAAAUUGCUCUGAGACCCCAACACCUAAUAAUCGAGAUACCCCAAACCGCGACACCCCAACAUUACGGCCUUCGUUAAGAAGACCUCCACAGAGCAUACUCGGAGAGAAUACACCACCACAGUCAGCGACAAUGCUGGCUCUACAAAAUAUGGCGAGCAGAGAUCUGGACACGCCUCUCUUGAAUGUCACAAAUAAGUCUACUGCGCUGGUUCGCACACCACAGACAUUCGAUGCAAUAUCAGGCCAAAUCCUCAGUCUCACUAGCAUCGCCACAAAUCUUCAAAAAGAAAUGGCCCAAUUAAAUAGGCGAAGCAGAGACAAUGCCACGGAUUUGGUCAGUUUGAAGGAGGCGACGAAAGCUAGAGAUGAGGAUAUUCGGAGGAGUCUUAGAGAGCUUGUCAGUAACUUAUCCGAACCUGCGGCGCAUUUGCCCAGCAGUGUUCAGGGUGGUUGUGGGCUAUACUUGGACAACAAAGCACAUAACAACUCCCCAGGAUCGAGAAGCGUCAAGCCGUUCAGCCUCCCUCGGAUACCUAGCCCAGCAAGCUUUGCUGCCUCCCUAGACAGAGAAACAAUGAUUACUCCAUCCACCUAUAAUUCAGAUGGGGUAGCAAGCAUUGCCAUUCUCGAAAAGAUUCUGCGAGAUAUGGGGACAAAGGAGGGCCAGGAUCUACUUGUUUUACGCCUAACCGAAGUAUCCGAUCGAAUUGCCCAGGAUAGUAUGUCUACAGCCAAGAAACUUGACGAUCUGAUAGAAUUCGUCAAGAACAACAGCGCCUCACAGGCCAUCGUGACACAUGAUGGCGGAGGAGGAAACCACACUAGACCUCGAAACUUUAGCUUUGAACAAACUUCUAGACCGGAAUUGGAAUACGACCAUCGAACAUCAGGACCUGCGCCAGCACGAGUGGAGGCACUUCUCAGCCAGGAAACAAACAAGGAUAACAUUGCAACUUCUGGACCGACUCGUGCGGCUGAAAUCAUCAACGAGGAUGUUUUGAAGAUCAUUCGUACCGUGAAGGACAGCGUUGCCCAAGGUGGCGGAUUAACCGCAGAAGUGAAAGCUCUCGUUCGUGAGCUUCGCGGUGAAGUACUAGGAAUGGGUCGAGAAAUUGGGCGCAAGUUGGAUGAGGCGAACAGCAAGAACGACACUGCUAAAGACGGUGACGAGGAGAACCAUGUGGCUCGAAUAGUACAAGAUGGCCUGGAAGAAUUAAAAGAGCACAUGGACCGUAUAAUGCAGGAAAAUCGGCGACAAUCGUCCUCGUCCUCAGUUUCACGCAACGCCGUCGAUUAUCGGGAGAUAUACAAUGCAGUCCGUAGUGCGGUCAACGAGAAUCCACGAGAGCCCGGCUUAGAGAAAGAAGAUAUUAUCGAAGCGGUGAAAGAGGCAUGGGAAAACUAUAAGCCUGAUAUUGAACUUCAGCAUUUCGGUUUGGAACGCGAGGAGCUCUUAGCAUGCUUGAAGGAAGGCAUUCAAGAGUACGCUCCCCGAAAUGACCCUAGGGCAAUUGGUGGAGCUACCCGUGACGAAGUGUUUACCGCGGUUGUCGAAGGUCUGAAGCAUUUCGCACCUCCACGAGUCGAGAUGGAGCCAAGCCUCUCCCGGGAGGAGAUACUUGAUGCUGUCCGAGAAUGCUUGGAGGAAUUUGAGUUUCCAUCGGCACCCUUGCCAGAACCAAGAGAACCCAACAUUACGAGGGAGGAUAUGCUUGAUGCUGUCAAGGAAGGUCUCCACACGUUCGAUUUCGCUGCCAAUACGACUGCUGUGAGUCGUGAGGUUGGCGGAGGCCUUACUCGGGAUGACUUAUUCGAUGCAAUGGCAAAUCGAGAACCUGAUAUUACGAGGGAGGAUAUGCUUGAUGCCGUUAAGGAAGGUCUCCACACAUUCGAUUUCGCUGCCAAUACAACCGCUGUGAGUCGUGAGGUUGGCGGAGGCCUCACUCGGGAUGACUUAUUCGAUGCAAUCAAAGCAAGUCGAGGAGAAGUAUCAAUUCAGGGUGAUGCAUUUGGGCAACAAGUCUUCGAGCGACUUCAAGAAAUAACGGAAACUUUGAAAACGGAAUUCAAAGCUGUAUCAGACGAAGCCAAACAGAAUGUGGCAGCCCACGGAAGAGAUACAGAGCAAGUUCUGGACGCAACAAAGGACGGGUUUGACAGGCUUCGAGCUGACAUUGAAGCCUACGUUGACCGAGUUGCUGAUAUCUCUGUGAAGGAUGAGAUACUAGACAGCGUGCAUGAAAGUUUCAAUGGGCUUCGCGAGGAGCUAGAACAGCUUCUUUCUAAAGGCUCGGAUAGUUCGAUAGAGUCGGUUAGAAACGAGCUCGAACUUCUCCGAGAAUCGAUGGCCUCAUCUCUGGUUCCUGGAGGUGGCAGCCCCGACAAGGAAGAGAUCAUCCAAGCUCUCAGAUAUGGUCUUGAUGGACUGCGUGCUGAUAUCCAACAUAGCCGCGCCAGCGCUGACAGUGAAGUGAUCGUCGAAGCUCUAAGGUAUGGCCUUGAUGGAUUGCGUGCGGAUAUCGAACGUAUCGGUGGGAGUGUGGACAAAGAUGAGAUCAUCGACAUUCUCAGAGAUGGUCUCGACGGACUGCGUGCGGAUAUCCAAAACAGCAGCGCCAGCGCCGACAAGGAAGAGAUCAUCGAAACCUUGAGAGAUUGCCUCGAAGGACUGCGUGCAGAUAUUGAACGUGGUGGUCGCAGCGCCGACAAGGAAGAGAUCAUCGAAGCUCUCAAAGUUGGUCUCGAUGGACUGCGUGCAGAUAUUGAACGACCUAGAGGUGGCAAUGAGAGCAUUCUCUCAGGUACGGGCGAGAUCCUGGAUGCUCUUCAUGACGGACUGAAUGGUCUACGUUCUGAGGUCGAAAAAAUUGGCAACAAGCCAGUGGAUAUGACUGUAAACUAUGAGAUCCUGGAUACUUUGAAAGCUGGCCUUGAAGAGGUCCGAGCUGAUAUUGACAGGCUUCGUGAAGGGGGCUACAACGAACGUGCCGUAGCCGCUAUAACCGAUGGAGCCGUCAUACCUGCAGAGGGCUUGAAGAGGAACGAUAUCGAGAACCUCGAAGUAUUGAUUACCCAACUCCGAAUCAAGGUUGAAGCACUUGAAUCAAUGCCGCCGCCCCCUGCGCAGCCUGUUCCUGGAUCGUUGUUGAAAUCCGACCUGGCGGCUGUAGAGGAGAUGCUUCGAAGUGUACACGAAUCCGUUGCUGGCAUGUCUAACCGCGAUCUGUCCGACGAUGGAGACGCGGUGAAGAAGGAAGACGUAGUAGCCAUUGAAACUCUUUUAAGAAAUACGAAGGCCAAGAUCGACGAGAUGGAUCCAGAACAAGCCGUCAAGAAAGACCAUCUUGAUUCUGUAGCGACCAUUAUCGGUGAGACACGGGAGAGCGUCAAUGAGUUGACAUCUCACUUACACGACGUCUCGAAGAAAGAUGAUAUGAGCAUAAUCGAAUCUCUGGUACGGGACGUCAUAUUAGCUUUGGAGGAAAUGAAGGUGCACGCAGCCAAGGAUGCCGAUGAUGCUGAGAAAGUUACCAAAACCGACGUGGAGGCAGUCGAGGCUCUGUGUCUCGACGUCAAAUCUGCGAUUGAGCAGAUGGUCUCGGCUGAUAUUGCAGCCCUAGCAUCAAAAGAAGAUGUGAAGAACCUGGAAGAGUUGGUUAAGGAAUUCAAAGACCGAAUCGAGACUCAUGCGGAAACCAACGCCAAGGCAUUCGAUGACCGACAGACGGAGACUAUCGAAGUUGGUGAACGUGUAACGGAGGUCAAAACAUUCUUGGAAGAAUUUAAGGAGGCUAUUAAAGAAAAGCUGGACGAAGGCGCCACAAGUGUCGAAGCUCUAGGUAAAUUCCUUGAGGGCAUCGGAGAAACGAUCGGACAAAACGCGAACAUCACAGACGACAUUAAGGAAAUGUUCGAGGCUAUGAAGGUGGAAUUUGAAAAGUCCAACGCUGGAGUAGUUGGAUCAAAGCUUGAGACCGAUGAGAAGUUUCAACAGACUUGGGACAAGUUCGAUGCCAAGCUUGAUGAAAAGUUCAAUGAGCUAAUGACCAAAUACGAUGAUGCUCAGCUUUCAGCAGAGGCUAGAGAAAAACUUGGGCAAGAGAAAAUCGCCGGAGUAGAAGCUGCGGCGUUGGGAACUAAAGCCAUUGCAGAUGAUUUGAAGCUGCUUGUUGAUACUCUGAGUACUACUCUGACCGAAUCAGUCGAGAAGAUGGAUGAAGGCUCAAAGACCGUCUUCAACCGAGUCGAGGAUACAUUCACGCGGGUUGAAGAGACUCAUUCCGACGCCAAGGAGGAGCACCAACUGACAAGGGAGCAAGUCUCCAAAACACUCGGUGCUAUUGAAGGAGUGCAGGCCCAUGUCACGGAGUAUAAUCCUAAGAUUCUCGAGUCCAUCAAGGACGUUCUCCUCAUUGUUGGCCAGCAUUAUGAGCACUCAAAAUCAGCAACUACAACACUCGAGGAGAAGAUCGCUGAAAGGCCACCACCCGUCGAGACACCGCUUCUUAGCGAUAUUCUUCGCGAGAUUCCUGUUCCAGAGAAGUACGACGAUACACAGGUACACGAAAAACUGGACAAGCUCGUCGAUCACAUGCAUGAGGCUGGAAAGUCGUUUGCUCAGCUAGACACAUUGGACAAAAUCCAUCAAAAGGUCAUCCAGACGGCAGCCGAAGUAUCUGAAUUUGUAUCUGCACAAACUCGACGCAUUGCUAAUGAUCACGAGGACAAGGAGAAAGCUGCUGAAGCCGCUGCUAUUGCUCUUGAAAAAAGCCUUACACAGAAGGAGCACGUUGAUGCCACUGUACUCGGCCUUCGCGAGGAGGAGGAUCGCUUAAAAGAGUCUGUAGCGAUCCUCAAGGCUGAACAAGAGAACCUCACACAGCAGAAGAUGCGGCUUUCCGCGGAUGUCUCGAGUCUCGAGACAGCUUUGAAGCUUCGCCGCGAGGAACUUCACUCAAUGGAAGCACGGGCCGAGGGGCUGGAGCGUCGUAUCCUCGAGAGCGUUAUUGACCACUCUCGUGUCCUCUUAAUGUCGAAGACCAACAAAGGCCGAGAAGCCAUGAGUAGGAAGCGCGUGCCGAGCCAUGCAACAUCCAAGACUGGACCAGGGAUCUCUAAUCCCGCGUCUAGAACAACUUCAUUCUCUACCAAUGCUACACAGAGCGCUCUCAGCAUGGCUAUGGGUGGCAAUCGAGCCUUGGUAAAAGUUCCGAACAAUAAUUCGGGGGGUGCAUCCAGGCGUAUCCUUUCACUGAAUCAAAUUAACAACAACGUUCCAACAGGAGGCUUGACACGCAGCCAUAGCGUUAAGGGCACUGGACGUUCUGGAUCAUUGCGGAAAGCGAGUUGGGGGGGAUCACUGAGUCGGGGAUAUGGUGAUCUGAAUAAGGAGAAUUUGGAGCUGAAGGAGAGCGAGGAAGAAGAUGGUCGGAGCGAGGAUGGAGAGGGGAGUGACGACGAGACAAUGCGGAGAACUAGUCGAGGCACAACGAUACUAACAAGCACGGGAGUCAGCGAGAGUAUCGAUGACGGCACAGACUGGACCGGCAGUGUUGAUGGCGAGAGUCAUGUGGGAGAGGAGUCUAUGGAACUGGCGUUGUAUGAACCAAGCGGCGAUGUCGUAUAG